AUGACUCAUGUGCGAAGAGUAUCAGAUUCCACAAAGGCCCGUGGAGGAGAUGAAUUGUGCGACUUUCAAAACGUUCAUCAUAUUCCACAUUUUGAUAUUAUUUCUCGGAGUGCCCACGGUACCGAUAGCCAAGCGCGGGCUCAGAAUAACCAUACCCCCUGGAUCGAAGCCGAGGAAUUCUUCAAUACGAAACGGCCCGGAAAAAUGAUGAUAUCAGUCGCCGUAACGGUGACUACACGAAACGGAUAUCAAGACUACGGUCGCAUGUAUUCACUAAACGGGAAGUGA